AUGCAACAUAGAUCUGGGAAGUACACAGUUCAGCCUUACAGGAUAGGUGCCCACAUCGACGGCAAGAACGGGCUGGCGUGCCUGACAAAGGUGGAGCGCGACCCCUCGGCCGUGACCCGCGUGGCCCCCCUCCCCCACAUGUUCGUCAUCCGGGACCUGGUGGUGGACAUGGCCAACUUCUACGCCCAGUACAAAUCCAUCAAGCCCUUCCUGCUCAAGCCCAAGCCCGCCGACGGCCUGGAGCACCGCCAGACCAAGGAGGACCGGGCCAAGCUGGAUGGGCUGUACGAGUGCAUCCUCUGCGCCUGCUGCUCCACCUCCUGCCCCUCCUACUGGUGGAACUCUGACAAGUACCUGGGGCCCGCCGUCCUGCUCCAGGCCUACCGCUGGGUCAUCGACAGCCGGGAUGAGGCCACCACGCAGCGCCUGGCCGAUCUGGACGACCAGUUCAAGCUGUACCGCUGCAAGACCAUCAUGAACUGUGCCACCGUCUGCCCCAAGGGACUGAACCCUGGGAAGGCCAUUGCCAAGAUCAAGCAGAGCGUGGCCGCUGGCCGUGCUUUCUAG